UUUUGGUUCUUGACCACCAUGGUGGGUUUUAUCUACAAGCCCACCUCUGCAGAAUUUGAAGAAGAGAAAGAACUCAAUACUCGACCUUCAGAGCUUGAGAAAGCAAACCACUCACUUGACCUCUUACUUGCAGAAGUCGAAGACUUCCAUCUCCCUUUGGAUUUUGUUGAUUCAUUUCUUGAUUUUGGCUCAAUAAAGAAUGGGAUGGAAGAAAACCCAGAGCCGUAUAGCGGUAUAAAUGGCUUAAAGGCAGAACCAGAGAGGGUUGGUUCAGAGAAGGUUGAAUCAGUGGUUGUUGACAGCGGUACUGAAUUGGUUCAACUUGGUUUUAGCGAGGAAAUUAAAGUGGAAGAUUCAAUUGUACAUGGGUCUGAAAAGUUGGGGAAUUUGGGCUGCUUGACUCCAGACCCGGACGAUUCUAGUUUACGGAUGGCUGGAAUUGGAUUUUUUGAGAGUGGGAUUGAAGUUGGUAAAGAUCAUGUUUGUAAGGAAAUAAAAGUUGAGAACCCAGUUGGAGGUGAGUUUGGAAUGUUGGGGAGUUUCGGUUGUUUGAUUGAGGAAGAGAUGGAGAGGGUUAGUUUAAAUGGGGUGUCAAAUAGUCCAGCUUCGGUUGUUGAUUCAUUUGGCGCAAAGACUGGUCAAAUAUCAAGUGUUCAUGGUAAGGGUGUUAUUGGGAAUGAUGUGAAGAGUGGUGAAGUAGUGAGUGUUGAUAGGGAUGUUGCCAGGAGUGGUGGUGUACGGAGCAUUGACGGGAGUGGUUUGAAGGGUAGGGAAAUAGAGAGUGAUGAAGAUGAGAGUGAUAGUGAAUCGGAUUCUGAGAGUGCGAGUUCGUCUUCAUCUUUGUCAUCAUCGACCACAUCUUCUAGCAGUGAAGAUGAUGAUGCCGAUGAAGAGGAGGAGGAGGAGGAGGAGGAGAAGAAGAAGAAAAAGAAGAGGAAGGGAAGGGAGAGGUGA